ACAAAUAUAAAAUGGGGCUACAAUGACAAAAAUGGAAAUCUAUUGGAGUCCUUACCAUCACAGGGAACUCUUCAUGUAGUUAUGCUAGGCUUGGAUUCUGCUGGAAAAACAACAGCGCUUUAUAGACUUAAGUUUGAUCAGUAUUUAAACACAGUUCCAACAAUUGGAUUUAACUGCGAAAAGGUACAAGGGACGAUAGGAAAGGCAAAGGGUGUUCAUUUUCUUGUCUGGGACGUAGGAGGACAAGAAAAACUUCGGCCGUUGUGGCGAAGUUACACUCGAUGUACAGAUGGAAUUUUAUUCGUUGUAGAUUCUGUAGACACUGAACGCAUGGAAGAAGCCAAAAUGGAAUUAAUGCGAACAGCGAAAUGUCCAGAUAAUCAGGGUGUCCCUGUACUUAUUUUAGCUAAUAAACAAGAUUUACCUAACGCAUGUUGUCCUAAAGAGCUUGAAAAGCUAUUAGGACUACAUGAAUUGCAAAAUCCAAUAGGGAAUGUAUUGAGCCCAACAGGUACAGGGAGCACUGCCUGUCAUAGCAAACCGCAAGACAAAAGUUCUAUGGAUAAUGAUGCAUUAAACCAAUUCAAUUUACACCAUGUCAAUAUGAUAACUGAUCUUGACAAAAAAACAUGAAUACAAAGCAAAUAAGACAUUUUCUGAAAAUUUACAGGAUGAAUCACGAAGUAAAACUAAAGGUCCAAGC